AUGGCUCUCACUGUGAAUAACUAUAACAACUAUAAUUCUCACGCCAACCUUAACAAUGGAGGUGGCUUUUGGUCAAAAGUCACAUCUAAAAUCUCCACACAGCACCUUUCAUCGUCAGAAAAAGAUGGCAGGACCGAAAUUGACACUGUUAUCCACAAAGCUAUGGUCAAAUACUACCUCAACUCCCAGGUGCCUAUUCCUCUGUGGCUCGAUGACCAAAACGCCAGAGCACAGCAAAGACAAAUGAAGAGAUUCAAUACUCCAAACACCGCCAACAGCUCUUACGCCAAUAGCAGCAGCAGCAACUAUCCCAAUAGCAAUGCCAAUAGCAGACUUGCCAUCAACGAGGGAAAUGACGAACCUCUUCCCAGAAUCAAACCCAUCACAAGAAAACAAACAAAAGCCUCGGCCUCGCUCCAGGACUUGUACAAACAAAAUACCAACUCCUCUCACUCGUCGCUCUCCAACAUCAGCAAUGCAAACCAGUACUCAAACUACAACAGAGGCACUACCAGAAACAACAGCUUUCCCAGCUCCUCCUCUUUAAACACUGGCGACAGCAACCCCAAGAGGGACAUCAUGGCUGCCAGAUUCAAAGAGAAGUUCAGAACCCAGGGCAAAACAAACACUUUUUCGUUGAACUGA